AUGGAGGCCAAGAAGUCAACCCGCGGAAAAGUCCUUAUAACUGGUGCUAGCCCUGGGAGCGUAGGAGAGGCCCUUGCCCGUGAAUUUCUAAACCAAGGCUUUGAAGUCUUCGCAACCGCACGGACAGUGGAGAAGUUAGAUGGUUUACGACUUCUCGGGGCCAAAACUUUUGAACUGGACGUUUCCUCGACAUCAUCUAUUGAGUCUCUCAGCAUGAAGAUUCCGACUCUUGAUAUUCUUAUCAACAACGCCGGGCAGGGUUACGCUGUUCCCCUUAUGGAUGAGCAAGUUGACCGUAUGAAAGCGCUAUACGAAGUCAACGUCUUUUCAAUCGUCACCGUCACCCAGAAAUUCCUCAGACAGCUUCUUGCCUCAAAAGGAACGGUCGUUAACCAUGGAUCUAUUUCUGCUGAGUUUCCUGUUCCGCUAGCGGGUUCUUAUUCGGCAUCCAAGGCGGCUGUUGCCUCUCUCACCGAUACCUUGCGGAUGGAGCUCUCACCUUUUGGAAUCAAAGUGAUUAAUCUGAAUUCUGGAGUGAUGAACACAAAUUUCACCAGACAGACAUACGGCAGACCGAUACAUUUGUCAAAUCAUUCUAUAUAUCUCCCCAUGAAAGCACAUCUCGAAGCCAGCCUGUUCAAAAGGAGUGCGAUAUCAUACACGGAUGUUGAUAGAUUUGCUGAACAAGUCGUGCGAGAUCUACUAAAAUCGGGGUUCUGGAAGCCGACACGCAUCACUCGGGGGUUUGGUAGUACAAUAUCUAGGGUUCUGAAGAGUGUCGAACCCUAUAGAGGUGCAUGGGACUGGAUAUUGAUGAUACAUAUGGGCUUUCCUACACGCGCAAAAAGAAAGGAAUCUCUGGAGUAG